AUUCUAGGAGCCUAAAAACUUCUCCCCCUCUCUCUUCUCUUCUCUUCACUCAAAACUUCAUCUUAUAAAAUUUCUUCCUUCAUUAUUCAAAAUGGCAUCAGCAGGAAAUUUGGAAUGGAGGGUGAAUUUGGGCGAUGGUACAACAGAGAUUUUGGAGGCAGAAGCGUCAUUUGGGCACAAAUUGGUGAUGGGAAUUAAGAGUUUGAUAAUGGAAUUGUUUGUGAAGUGUAGAAAGUUCUUGGAAAAGGCAGGGGGAAUAGCAAAAUCUGAGCCAAAGAAGGGCGUUCAUGGCCUCAAAGUGGGGCUGGCUCUCACUCUUGUCUCCAUCUUUUACUAUAUGAGACCUUUGUAUGAAGGCCUUGGAGGCAGCGCCAUGUGGGCCAUCAUGACUGUUGUUGUCACUUUCGAAUACUCUGUCGGUGCAUCGUUGUACAAAUGUGUAAAUAGAGUUGUAGGAACGUCUCUCGCGGGUGGUUUGGGGAUCGGCGUUCACUGGGUUGCAGCUGAAUGUGGUGAUAGAUUUGAGCCAAUUAUUCUUGGGAUCUCACUUUUUCUUCUGGCUUCAGCAGCCACGUUCUCGAGAUUCAUACCAUCAGUGAAGUCGAGAUUUGAUUACGGCGCAAUGAUCUUCGUGCUGACGUUCUGUUUAGUUUCCAUCUCCAGUUAUCGAGUGGACGAGUUGUUGGAGCUCGCACGUACGAGGAUCCUUACUAUCGCCGUUGGGACCGCCAUCUGUCUUGUCGUCAGCAUGCUUGUCUGCCCCGUCUGGGCAGGCGGUCAGCUUCACUCCCUCCUUGCCCGCAACAUCGAUAAGCUUGCCGAUGCCAUCCAUGGAUGUAUUUCGGAGUACUUCAAAGACAAAGAUUGCCCCGAGAUGAAAAAUGAAGAUCGAGAGGAUCAUGCUUCCAAAAUUCAAGCCUAUAAAUGUGUGCUCAAUUCUAAGGCAUCAGAGGAAUCCAUGGCCAACUUUGCAAGAUGGGAACCUGCACAUGGCCGUUUUGGGUUCCGGCACCCUUGGAAAUUCUAUCUCGAGGUCGGUGUUGCGAUGCGCAGGUGUGCAUAUUGCAUCGAGGCCCUCAAUGGCCGCUUAGAUUCAGAGAUUAAGGCACCAGAGUCCUUAAAAUUGCAUCUGGCUACACCAUGCAAGGCACUCAGCAGCUGUUGUUCCAAGGUCUUCAAGGAACUAUCUACUGUAAUCAAGACGAUGAAAAAAUCAAACAAGAUAGAUUUUGAAGUAUCAGACAUGAACUUUGCUGUGCAAGAACUUCAAAACACCAUCAAGUCUCUUCCAAUGGCAGUGUCAUUAGCAGAGCCAAAUGGGGCCAAUGGUGAAGCGACAAUUCCACCUCUGAUGGAGCUUCUUUCGCUGGCAACAUUGGUAUCGCUUUUGAUAGAAACCGCGUCGAGAAUCGAACACGUCGUAAAUGCUGUCGAAAAGCUUGCCGAUGUCGCCAAGUUCGAUUUUGCAGACGACGAGAAGAAGAAGAGUAACCCGUCUUCGGAUAACCGUGAUCAUCAUCAUGCAGCUAUGAAGGUCUUUCCAGAGGCCUGAGUUCAUUAGGAUCAUCAAGUGGUUGGUUAUCUCAUAACUUGUAAACUAAAAUCUCCAUUCAUACCCACAGUCAUAGGCGCUGUAUGGUAAUUUGAAUACUCUGGAGUUUUUUAUUUCCCUUUUCUGGGAAAUGCAAAUCAUGACUACACUAUAUAAACAGAGGGUUAUCGUGCCUAAUAUGCCAUUGUACUUUUUGAAAGUCUCACAAGAUUUGAUAAAUAUUUAUCAUCAAUCUUAUGUUAAA